UGUUCAUGGUUCUGUCGGACGAGAGCGACCAAUCCAGCAGUGCUACACUGGGCACAGACAAGACAGAGAGAGAAUGAGCAGCAAGGCUGGCACACAGACCGGACCGAAGAACUGAACCCCAGCGCGGAGACAGCGCUCUGAAUUUAAAACACAAACACCGAGGGAACAGGAGGGAGCAGCUUAAACAACAAAAACAGACAAAACAAAAAUCGCAGCAGUUAAAGUUGACACUCACUUUCCGUGGAUACAUUUGGUAGUCAUGUAAUCUUUGCCUUGAAUGCACAGAACCGUGUGCUGAUACAGCCGCUCCCGCAGCGAGGGGCAGAAAAAUAACUGGGGGAGAAAAUGAAGUUGGCCGCGGUUCUGUUUCUGAGUGUUAUCUGUACAACGCUGAAGGUGCAGGAAAUAAUUUCACAGUCAGUGUGUGCUGGCACGGAGAAUAAGCUCAGCACGCUCUCUGACCUGGAGCAGCAGUAUCGAGCACUCCGGAAGAAUUAUGAAAAUUGUGAAGUUGUCAUGGGCAACCUGGAGAUCACGAACAUCGACCGAAACCGGGACCUGUCCUUCCUGCGGUCCAUUCGCGAAGUCACAGGAUACAUCCUUGCAGCCCUGAACCAGUUUGAGUAUCUGCCUUUGGAAAAUCUAAGAAUCAUUCGUGGGACAAAGUUGUAUGAAGAACGAUAUGCACUCACGAUCCUGCUUAACUACAAGAAAGAUGGGGCCUUUGGAUUGAGGCAACUGGGCCUGCAGAACAUGACAGAAAUCCUGAAUGGUGGCAUCUAUAUUGACCAGAACAAAUUUCUCUGCUAUGUCAACACCAUUCAUUGGCAAGAUAUCGUGCGUGACCCUCUCAGUACAGAUAUUAUCAUAGUUCCCACCAACACCACCGUGGAGUGUGGAAGAUGCCACAAGUCUUGCAAUGGCAGAUGCUGGGGACCAUCGGAGGAUCAGUGUCAGACCCUCACGAAGACAGUGUGUGCGCAGCAGUGUGAUGAGCGAUGCUUCAGCCCAUUUGUCAGUGAUUGCUGCCAUCGGGAAUGUGCGGGUGGCUGCUCAGGGCCAAAGGACACUGACUGCUUUGCCUGCACCAAUUUCAAUGACAGCGGAGCCUGUGUUAUUCAGUGUCCUCUGCCGUUCUUUUACAACACCAUAACUUUCCAGGUGGAACCAAAUCCCAACGCCAAGUAUACAUAUGGAGCGUUCUGUGUCAAGAAAUGCCCACAUAACUUUGUGGUGGAUCACAGCUCUUGUGUACGAGCUUGCCCGAGCAAUAAGAUGGAAGUGGAAGAAAAUGGAAUCAAAGUGUGCAAACCCUGCACGGACAUUUGUCCCAAAGCUUGUGAUGGAAUUGGAACUGGAAGCUUGCAGAUGGCGAAAACCGUGGACUCGAGCAACAUCGACAAGUUUAUGAACUGCACCAAAAUCAAUGGAAACCUUAUAUUUCUCAUCACUGGCAUUGAAGGUGACCCGUAUCAUAAUAUCGUUGCUUUGGAUCCUGAAAAGCUGAACAUUUUCCGUACAGUCCGAGAGAUAACAGGUUUUUUGAACAUUCAGUCGUGGCCAAGAAAUAUGACGGACUUCAAUGUGUUUGCUAACCUUGUGACAAUAGGUGGUCGAAGUCUUUACAGUGGGAUCUCACUGCUGAUUCUGAAACAACAGUGGAUAACAUCCCUUCACUUCCAGUCCCUGGUGGAAAUCAGUGCAGGCAAUGUGUAUGUGUCCGACAACCCCAACCUGUGCUAUUAUCACACCGUCAACUGGACCGUGCUGUUCAGAACCAGUUUGCAGAAACCAGUUAUAAAGAACAACAGAAACUCUCAGAAUUGCACCUCCGACAGGAUGAUGUGUGACCCUCUGUGCUCUGAUGAUGGGUGCUGGGGUCCAGGCCCAAACCAGUGCCUGUCUUGCAGAUUCUUCCGUAGGGGCAGAACUUGCAUUGAAUCUUGCAACCUGUAUGAGGGGGAUUUUCGAGAAUUCGCAAAUGGCACUGUCUGCAUGGAAUGCGAUGAGCAGUGUGAGAAAAUGGAUGAAGAUGUGUUAACAUGUCAUGGAACGGGCCCCGACCAUUGCACCAAGUGCUCCCACUUCAAGGACGGGCCCAACUGUGUGGAGAAGUGUCCCGAUGGACUUCACGGCGCCAGGGGCUUCAUCUUCAAGUAUGCUGACUCCAACCACGAGUGCCACCCUUGCCAUGCCAACUGCACCCAGGGGUGCACAGGCCCUCGUAUUAAGGACUGCAUCGAGAUGAUGGAUAGGACUCCUCUGAUUGCAGCUGGUGUGAUUGGCGGCCUCUUCAUCGUGGUCAUUCUGGCUCUGGUGUUCGCUGUCUACGUGAGGAGGAAACGCAUCAAGAAGAAACGGGCCAUGCGCCGGUUUUUGGAAACUGAGUUGGUGGAACCUCUCACCCCUAGUGGUGCUGCACCUAAUCAGGCGCAGCUUAGGAUCCUCAAGGAGACGGAACUGAAACGAAUCAAGAUUCUGGGUUCUGGAGCUUUUGGAACAGUCUACAAAGGCAUCUGGGUACCAGAGGGAGAGACGGUGAAGAUUCCUGUGGCCAUUAAGAUCCUCCGUGAGAGAACAGGUCCCAAGGCGAAUGUAGAAUUCAUGGACGGAAUGAUGUACCUGGAGGAGAGGCGACUGGUUCAUCGAGACUUGGCAGCAAGGAACGUCUUGGUAAAGUCACCGAAUCACAUUAAGAUCACAGACUUCGGCUUGGCCAGAUUGCUGGAUGUGGAUGAGAAAGAGUAUAAUGCAGAUGGUGGAAAGAUGCCGAUUAAGUGGAUGGCUUUGGAGUGUAUUCACUACCGGAAGUUUACCCAUCAAAGUGACGUGUGGAGCUAUGGUGUCACUAUUUGGGAGUUGAUGACUUUUGGCGGGAAGCCGUACGAUGGGAUUCCAGCCCGUGAAAUACCAGACAUCUUGGAAAAAGGCGAGCGCCUUCCACAGCCUCCGAUCUGUACCAUCGAUGUCUACAUGGUGAUGGUGAAAUGCUGGAUGAUUGAUGCCGACAGCAGACCCAAGUUCAAAGAAUUGGCAGCGGAAUUCUCUCGGAUGGCUCGAGAUCCACAGAGGUACUUGGUAAUUCAGGGAGAUGACCAUAUGAAGCUGCCCAGCCCGAACGAUAGCAAAUUCUUCCAGAGCCUGCUGGAUGAAGAGGAGCUUGAAGACAUGAUGGAUGCGGAGGAAUACCUGGUGCCACAGGCCUUCAACAUCCCACCACCAGUCUAUAGCUCAAGACCGAGGAUUGAUUCCAACAGGAGCCAAACAGGACACAGCCCUCCUCCUGCCUACACACCCAUGUCAGGCAAUCAGUUUGUAUACCGCGAUGGGCUGUUCGGACCAGAGGAAGGGAUAUCCCUGCACAGCCGGCCACCCACCUGUGCCAGUUCUGCUACGUUGGAGGACCAGGGUGCUGCCUCAUCACUGGAGGUCUUCGACGAUGCCUGUUGCAACGGGACACUGAGGAAACAAGCGCCACGCCCGAGGGAGGACAGUGCCACCCAGCGAUACAGCGCAGACCCCACGGUCUUCCUGUCGGAACAUGGGCAGAGGGGUGAGCUGGACGAGGAUGGCUACAUGACUCCCAUUCAGGACAAAAAGUCAAAAGGGGUUAGUGAGCGAGUGAGUACAACCCAGGAGGAGCGAACACUUGCCAGACCAUCCAAGGCAGAAGCGAAGGUCAAACUAUCACGUGCAGAAUACCUGAACCCAGUGGAGGAGAACCCAUUUGUCACCCUUCGGAAGAAUGGUGACGUCCACGCUUUGGACAACCCAGAGUACCACAACGUCCCAGAGGGGCAACAGACCACCGAGGAUGAGUACGUGAAUGAACCCCUCUAUCUCAACACUUUCGUCAACAUGGUCGAGAACCCAGAGUACCUGCAGGAUAAGAUCGCCAUUUCGGAAAAUGUUGACAAGGCCUUUGACAAUCCUGACUACUGGAACCACAAUUACCCCCCCAAAACCGCCAUGCACAACCCUGAGUAUCUGCAGGAGUACGGCACAAAGUUUUUUUACAAGCAGAAUGGACGCAUCAAGCCUAUUGUAGCAGAGAACCCAGAGUAUCUCUCGGAGUUCUCACUAAAGCCAGGAACAGUACUGCCUUCAUACGGACAGCGGAAUACAGUGGUGUAACCCUCACAGCACUCAGGAGUCCGGCCUUGCUGGAUUUCCUCAUCAAACCACAAACUUGUAUCCUCAAUAUUGACUGGAAGGAGUAUGUCUGAGGCAAUAGUACUGGUGUCUGAAUGGAAGGAAAGUUCUAUUUGCUAGAAUUGAAUCCUGGUCCGUUUGGCCUUUUCCUAAACGGCACCUGUUUUCAAAGCAAUAUGGUUAUAACCAGCAAAAUGAAGGAUUCCUGUGGAAAUGCCAAAAAUGUAGCUUAUUGGGAUUGACCUUUCAUACUGCCCUUCAAUAAGAUACCCUGGAAGGUUACAUUCAUGGAUCAAAGUGCAAUGACCUCUGAAAUUCUCCUGCCACUGUGAGAGGGGAAGUGAGGAUUGAAGGGAGCAGGGUGAGGCUGGUGCUGCCGGAAUCCUUGGAGAAGGGUGGUCCGACAUAAUGUAACCUGCCAGCCAGCACGCACAUCGACUGAUCUGGUCAAUCCAUCUGCACAAACAUGUAAAUCUGUUUCUUAGAGGUGCACUGCACUGGUUCACCUUGAAUAUUUUGAAUUGGUAUCUGGGUAUAAAAGGCAUUGGCAGCUGUAACUGGCACCCCUUGCAGGGAGCUGCUUCAGCAGUGGGCUGCAGCGAGGGGGUGUUGGAGGGUGGAUGUGAGCCUGGAACAAAAUUGGAGGCAGGUGCAGGGAUGGAGUUGGGCUGGGCUGGGUGGUCUAUAACAAGCAUGUCAUGCUGCUGAUUUUUUUUUUCUGUCCAAUGCAGAUAUUAUCUGUAUAAUUAAAAAAGGUGCGGGUGGGGGUGUCUCAGUAAAGUCUGGUAACAGGCUUCAUUUUGAAGGUGUAGUCGAUAUGUAGCAGAGCUCUUAAUCCUUUUUUUUAUACUGAAACACACUUUAGUAACGGAUAACUUUUGAAAUAUUGGCAAGCAAACAGAGCCGUUCUUAAUUCUAAAGCUUAGAUUGAGGAGAUUGUUUUAUAACCAAGAACUUAAUGGAAGGAUUCAUGUUGUCUUUGAUAAGCACACAUCAGCACUGCCAAUCACGUUUAUUACUGGAAUUGAGACAGUACUUACCUAUGAGAGAGUUACCUUGUACAGCCCUCAUCUUGUGUUACCUCAAUCUGACUGGUACACAACAGUCUUCAGAUGGCCACAGGUAGCUCCAGCGUUAGUUUGGAUCUUCUACUGCUGCUGCUUGAGUAGGUAUCAGCAUUUUAAUUCUGUGUUGCGACAAGGCCUUUUUUUUAAGGCGUUUAAAGGGAAGAUGGUAUCUUAUCACAGGGACGGGGGCCAGAACAGGCCACAGGUUCCACGUUUACCAAUACAGAGCCAACUUUGAAUUUGUUCAAACGCCAACUUUGGUCAGUUUGGCGUGCAGACAAUGCAACCUGGCUGAUUCAGGGGGUUGCACCUUUUAGUGUUUUAUUUCACCAGAACUGAGGCUUGUAGAUAGUCAAAUAGAAAGGUUGUGAAGGAAUACGCAGCUGAAUUUAGCUUCUGAAACCAUUCUCAUCUCAAACUGAAAAUGAUGGAGUGCUGGAAUCUGUGUGUCCUUCCAGUGGUGUUAAGACCAUCACUUGCUCUUUACCCAAGCCAUAAGGUUAAUCGGAAACUGCAUGAAUGAUUACUACCUGGCUCUGUAGCUUUGCUGUCCAGGAAUGAUACAUUACGACUCUUCGCGAAGGCUACACUGCAGUGCUGCUAAACAUUAAAAAGGAACACAACAUCUAUUUACAAUCUGGGUCAGUCAGCUCCAGUGAACAAUUUAUGUUUUGUGCUCUUCAACAUUGUUUUAAUUGUCUGGGUUCCCCUCCCCUAUUAGGAUGCUAACUUUCAAGUUUCCACUUUUGUGUCCUGAGAUGCUCUCAGUCUGAUGAAUAACCCACAUUUCAAUGUUAUUUUCCAAAUAUGUCCACGGUGGCACUGUGGUUAGCACUGCUGCCUCACAGCGCCAGAGACCCGGGUUCAAUUCCCGCCUCAGGCGACUGACUGUGUGGAGUU